UUGUUAUGCUUCCGAGUCAGGCAAUGGCUUUGAAUUAUGAGUAGCUCCACUUCUUUUCUCUCUUCUGAACUUCUUUGAAUUUCCCCACACGACAGGCUUACGAGGGCGACUAAACUCGGGUUGAUGGUGAUACUACCAUCACCUUGGUCCUGUUAGGAAGGCUUUUAUUCCUGCCGGAAUGGAGAAACCGCAGGUUGGGAGUCCAGAAGCGGGCUGUUCUGAUUAAUGACGACGAAAGCGAGUAGCUAAGCGAGUCCAGCAGCUCUAGUGACUCUUGUAACGAAACGGACAGCGACAGCGACAGUGAAUGCAAUUGCGAUAGCCGGCGAUAGUAGAAGAGUAGGGAUACUGUUGACAGCGACAGCACCAAUUUCUGGGGGGUGGACUAAGGCGAAACGUUUGUCGAUGGCGAGAGGCCCUUAUUCCAGCAAUGCCAGGAAUCGAACGAGCUCCAGAUGCAGAGUGUCAAACGAUGCGAGCUCGAAGAGUCUGGGAAAGAAGGCCGCUGACAAUUUGAACGAUCAUCGAAGGUGUAUUUCGACUUCCGAUGCGUACACGAAGGCCUUUUCCUUGAUUCGGACGGGAGAAUGGAGCAAACUGACGAUCGACCUUUGCAAGGCUUACCUCAGACAUCACGGUCUACGUUUGAGCGACCCUAAGGCGGAACUGAUCAAUCGCAUCCAGAAGCAUGCGGAGCUUAGAGACUUCACUUCAGCAAAGCGCAAGUACCCUCGAGGCUCUUUCUGCAUCAACUGUACAGGUGACGUUUGCAGGCAGGAUACUGUCCUCUUCAAGCAGCAAAUUCCCCAAAAGCACAACAAUGAGUCAAAUUAUCCAGGGUAUCGCUUGGUGGCGGGGAGAGUGGUGAAGGAGAGCUAUGGCGUCAAGAAGCAACAGCACACCUUCACUGUGGAGGUCAUUUGGAGCUCGGGCAUGCAGCCGUUGCCUCCAAUGACUCAACUUCUUGUCAAGGGGAGAGUGCUCUACAGACAUAAAACAUAUCGCCAGAAAUGGCCCAAUGAGGCGGAACGAGUAGCAGCCGUUGUAGAGAAGCAUGCAAGAGGAGACGAGGCUCGCAGUGUCCGCCUAAAGCGGCUUGAGAACAAGCAAUCCGGAAGGCGACUAGAGAGCAAGCAAAAGAGAAGGGCUCUAGGGAAAUGGCCGAGUACAAGACGGGGACCACAGGGACGGUCAAGUCGUCCCCUCCCCGUCAGCAGUAGGAGGGGGAAACGCCCACGGUCUGGAACAGGGUGGUCUGCUGGUUACAAGCAAGCCAAGAAAAGGAAGGUCUAACACGUUUUGGUUUCCUGCAUGCAGUGAAGUGCAGGAAUGCUGCACAGUGAAGGACUGUAGCUGUUUUAUGUAUGGAAUGGAAAGGCAUUGUACACUUGCACUCUGAAAGGAAUGUUGUUACUGGUGCUGGAUUUGUGAGUAGCAGUGCAAACUCGGACAUGAGAGGGAGAAUGCAUGCGGUACGUAGGUCAGUGCAUGUAUCUAGCCAAUGCCUUGCAAGAACAAUUUUUAACUGUCCCCUAUU